AUGGCCAAGGUUAAGAAGUCCGAGAAGAAGGUCAAGGCUGAGGCCACCUCCACCAAGCAGGCUCCUCCCGCCCAAUUGAUGGACCUCGUCGACUCCUUCCUCUCCGAGAACGCCUUCACCUCCGCCCACGAGGCCUUCCAGAAACAGCGCGCCAAGAGCGGCUGGAAGCCUUCCAAGAAGGAGGCGGCCCAGACCAGCCUCGUCACCGUCUUCCAGACCUGGCAGACUUCUUCCACCGCUCCCACCACUAGCGAGAGCUUUAGCGACAGCAGCUCGAGCGAGGAUGUGGACAUGGCCGAUGCGGCUGCUGCCGCUGACAGCGACAGCGAUAGCAGCUCCAGCUCCAGCUCCAGCUCCAGCUCCGAUUCCGACUCCAGCAGCGAGAGCGAGAGCGAGGAUGAGAAACCCAAGCCCGGGGCCAAGCAGAGCCUGAAGCGCAAGGCGCCCGAGUCCGACAGCAGCAGCAGUGAUAGCAGUAGCAGCAGCGACAGCGACUCCUCCUCAGACGACUCCAGCUCUGAAGACGAGGCCCCCAAGGCCAAGAAGCAGAGGGUCAAGAAGGACGACAGCAGCUCCUCCUCCGACUCCUCAUCCGAUUCCAGCUCGGACAGCUCCAGCGAAUCUGACUCCUCCUCCGACUCAGACUCUUCCGACAGCGACAGCGACUCUGACUCCGACUCUGAUGGCUCUGAGGCCGCAAAGGUGCCCCUUCCCGAAUCUGGCUCCGAUUCCGACUCCUCUUCUUCCUCUUCCGAUUCGGACUCCGACUCAGACGCAGACACCAAGAAGAAGGCCAAGAAGGAAAAGGCACCCGCCGACAGCGCCUCCCUCUCCUCCGCAACUCUCGAGAAGACUUCCCCGGAGCUCAAGCCCGCGACCUCCACGGCCGCUGACCCGCCUCUGCCCCCCGACCCCAUGACCUACCGCGCCAACAACCGCGGCGGCAAGAAGGAGAAGAAGGAGCCCAACAAGCCCUUCUCCCGCAUUCCCGACGUCGUCUACGUCGACCCUCGCUUCGCCAGCAACGAGUACGUGCCCAACGACUACUCGCAGCGCGCCCACGAGGACCUCAUCGUUACCAAGGGCAAGGGCUUCACCAAGGAGAAGAACAAGAAGAAGCGCGGCGCCUACCGCGGCGGCUUGAUUGACAUUUCUAGCAAGAAGGGCAUCAAGUUCGACUAA